UCCCACCAAACAGUCUUCAACCUUUGUCAACUUUUGUGUCUUUGCCGCUCCACUGGUUGGCACGUGAACAGCACGUGUAGAGCUUCACUUCUUUGCUCCCUUUCCAUGAUUUUCCAGAUUAUGAGCUUUGAGAAUAAGCUUUCAGGAGUGUGGCUCACUUCGUGACUCUCUUUGGAGUUCAAGCAUUCAUUGUCAGAGCCAAUGGAGGAUAAGAAUAAAGAGAAGACAGUUGUGGUUAAACCUGUGCCUUGGCGACCACGCUCUGAUUUCAAGUCCUCAAAGCACACUACUACUGCCGGAAAUGUCUCUUCUCCGAGUUCAUCAACCGAGGCAACCAAUAUCAUUAGGCCUAAAACUGUGAGGCUAAGGCCUUCAUCCAACCAUUUCCAAGCUGAAAUUGGUCCAUUUCUUGAUCAUUUGUCUGAACCUGGAGCUCAUGAUUUCUCUAAUUUGGCUUCCAAAGCUGAUGCUUCCAGUUUCCUGCCUAAUCUGGGCAACGUUGAUGUUGGUCAUGAAGAAAUGUUUGUGGAGACAAUGGUCCAAGAUCAAGUUUUGGAUAGAUCAAAGCAACAGUGCCAGAGCUUUCCGACACACCGAGAUCAGUCUAAUGAUGUGCCUAUGGAUGUCGAACAAGGUAGCAGAUCUCAUCAGUCAGCAAUCGCCGUAGAUCGAUCUUCUUAUGAUGGAUAUAACUGGAGAAAAUACGGGCAAAAGCAAGUUAAAGGAAGUGAAUAUCCGCGCAGUUACUAUAAAUGUACACAUCCAAGCUGCCCGGUGAAGAAGAAGGUCGAAAGAUCGUUGGAAGGACACAUUGCUGAAAUUGUCUACAAGGGUGAACACAAUCACCCCAAACCACAACCACCAAAGCAUCUGUUAUCAGAAACAGUUGGAAAUGCAAAUGCUGACAGCAGUGGUAAUACAUUAUCAAGUAAUCUCAAUGUGGAGAGAAAUGAUGCAUCUGAGAGUAGGUUGGAGAGUCACAGUGAAGUCGGUUUAUCGGGUAUUCCUUCGUAUUCUGGAAAAACUGGUCGGCAUUUAACUUCAACGUGUCAUAGUGAUGUUGCAAGUGGCACAGCUGAUGCAGAGAGUAGCAGAGUUAGCUCAAAGAGAAGGAGAACAGAGGAUCAAGCUAGUGUCGGUGAGGGAGAUCAAGGUGAACCUGAUGUCUCCAGUGAUGGAUAUCAUUGGAGAAAAUACGGUCAGAAAGUUGUGAAAGGAAAUCCAUAUCCCAGAAGUUAUUACAAGUGCACUGGUCUCAAAUGCAAAGUGCGAAAACAUGUAGAUAGAGCUUCCGAUCAUUCGGGGUCAUUCAUAACAACAUAUGAAGGUAAACACAACCAUGAAAUGCCGUUCAGGAACCAGAGUCAAUAAUGUUUUGUAUGCCUCUCUGCAGAAGCUCUGAUGAUGAAGCAAUAACUUACAAACAACAGAAGAAAUAGUUUCUCUGUUCUCAGA